GGCCCUGCCCCAGGGCAAGUGCUGACGCAGGCUUGGAAUGAAGGCCCUUUGUGAGGUGGCCCUGGGAGCCGGCAACGGUUCCGUCCUGCCAGCAUAGGGACGACAGGAGCCAGGACCCGUGUAGGAGAUGGUUCUCGCCAUGCUGGGGGCUCUGCACCCCCGGGCUGGGCUCAGCCUCUUCCUCCACCUCAUCCUGGCAGUGGCACUGCUUCGCUCCCAGCCUCUGAGGUCUCAGCGGUCUGUUCCUGAGGCAUUUUCCGCCCCUCUGGAACUCUCGCAGCCACUUUCCGGCCUGGUGGAUGACUAUGGCAUCCUCCCCAAGCACCCAAGGCCGCAAGGGCCUCGACCCCUCCUGUCUAGGGCCCAGCAGCGCAAGCGGGACGGGCCCGACCUUGCCGAGUAUUACUAUGAUGCACACCUAUGACCCAAGGCCCUCAUAAAGAUACCAUGUGUGACAAA